GACAUUAGUUUGACUUGCAAUGGAAAGCAACUACACUAGCGUUCAUUCAACCAUGACUUGAAUACAGAAUGUGGAAGUUAUGGGAACGGAUUUAUAAAACAACAAAUCCAAGAAGAAAAACUUCCCAAUUAAUGACAUUGCACAAACUCAUUUGCCUACAGUUUCAGAUCAGAGACCAACCCUCUCUCCGUUUUCCGUGUCUUGUAUAUAUGAGGGAGGUCCUCAAAUCUCCAGAAUUGGUAAAAAAUCUCUCGUUGGUUUGCUUCCACAAAUUGUGUUAUUCUUAUUCAUCAUCAUCAUUAUCAUUGUCAUCAUUAUUUUUUUUUUUCUGCAGAGGAAAAAAUGCCAAACCCAUUGCAGAACUCGUUGCAUGGUUACCUGUCAAAGAUCAAAAGAGAGACAGAAAAGCUGCAGUUGACGUCGUCGAAAUCAUUGUCAUCAUCCAAGAAGUGGGUGCUUGCUGGCUGUAAGCAAUCCAAAAAGCUCUCCUCCUCCUUCAAGCAUAGACGAGGUCCCAAAAGCAAGACCAGAUCCAAUGACGACCACCACCAGGAUUCCAGUCAGGCAGCCACCUUGUCUGAUAUCGACCGUUUCCUCGAGGAAAACUUCAAAUCCCUCUGCAUCAGAGAUGGCAGCGAAGAGGAGGAGGAGGAGGAGGAGGACCACCAUCAUUGGAAAAAGAAGGAGAAAAUGCAUCAGUCCUCGGAUGAAGACGACGACGACAACGACGAGUAUCGUCACAGAUUCGAGAGGACAUGGGGACCGGCCGUCUACGACUCCCCCAAACUGCCAGAUCCGCCGAGGAGAACAGAGAGACUAUCUCCACCACCUGGAUCAUCGGAAGGUAGGCCCAGCAUGUACAACACAAUGUCGGAGGAGGAGGGAGAGGAGAGACCGUCGUUGAGGUCCAAGUCCAACUCAUCCAGCACGGUGCUGCCUGAGAACUGCAUCGCGGUGCUGAGAUACACUGCAGAUCCUCAGGAGGAUUUCAGGAGAUCGAUGGUGGAGAUGAUGGAGUCCAAGCUAGGAGGGAGCGAGGUGGACUGGGACUUGAUGGAAGAGCUACUUUUCUCCUAUCUCGAUCUCAACGACAAGAAGUCACACAAGUUCAUACUCAGCGCAUUCGUCGAUCUCAUCAUCUCUCUCCGUGACAAGGAGAAGAGGAUCACCAGGACAUCCCUUGAGAGGUCGCUCAGUAUUCGCGCCGCCGCCAGAAUGAGGCUGAGUAAGAGGACCGAUGCCUUUCGCAACUAACUCUUGCAACUUAUUUCCCUUCUUUUCUUUUGCAAUUCAAAAAGUUACAUAACAAUUUUUAUUUUUUGUUUGAUUACAUUCCUUUCUUUCUUCUCAGCCUUUUAAAGUUAGAACUUGCUUUUUAGUAUUGUUUACUUUACAAAAAGAGUAAAGAGAAGCCAGCAACAAUG